ACUUUUCAAGGUCAUGGUUGAGACAAACUGUGAAACUGUAAACAUACUAUGGUUUAGAAGUUUCCUGAUUAGACUGUUGAUAUCGGAGAAGCUCAAGGUUGUUGAUGAACCGUAAUGAACACAUCAGAAGGCUUAGUUCAGCCCAUCAGAGCUGAUUUCAAAGAUAGUUGGUUGUCUUCUGAAAUGGGAGAGAAAAUUGGUCUGGUAGUUAUUGUUUUUUUGAGAUUAUUUUUCGAGGUACGUGAGUGGAUCAAUGGCACUGGGAAAAAGUUACUGGACUCUCAGACGUCAAAGCCAUAUAAUUUCGAUGAGGCAUCUCAAAUUCGAAAGGCACAUGAACAAUUUGAAUUUAAGUGUAUGAAAGCUCUCGAAGUUUUCGCCGAACUUUGUGACUAUAGAAAGCAAAGCAGCAUCAAUUUAGAACUCAGUGAGUUGGACUUUAUGGUGCAGAGCUUUGUUGAAAAACUAAACAAGAGGACUUUUUUUGUUGUAUCGUGCUACACAUAUUUCAGACUGGUUGAAGAAUUAUGGACAGUACUAGAAGAGUUGCAGAAACGUGCUAAGGAGGUUGAUACAUAUGACGGUUCAUCCAUCAAAAAUGCAAUUGCUGAUUUGGAGCAAGGAGUUGAAAAGUGUGAGAUUCGACUUAAUGGACUAGCACAUGAACUGGAAAGGCUCAGAAUAAUCUUGAAACCCUCUGAUCCUGACUAUCUGGGCCAGUUAGAAGAUGGCUUUCGGGAUGCCUGUCGGGCUGCAACUGAAGCAACACAAUCCCUUAAAAUUCGAAAACUUAUACUGAAGAAACAUUCCAAGUUACUUGAAUGCGAAGAGAAUGUUUACGAAUCAAUUGGUUGGAUAGAAGAACUUUAUGAAAAUAUUGAAGUUAUGUAUCAAGAAAACUGUGUUGGAAAAAAUCAUCUUGAAUCAGAGGAUCUGUUGAAAAAACAUAAUGAUAUUGAUAAUCAAGCAAAGACAACUUAUGCAUAUUGUAUACAACUAUUAGAAACAUAUGGCAAAUUGUGUGAAGCCGACGGUAGACGUUUACCGCGUAAUGUAGGACUCAGUAAGACAAGACUGUUUCGUAUAUGGCCAAAGUUAACUGAUCGACUACUUGAAUCGCAAGCAAGGACAGAGACAGCAAAGAAGGUAUACAUAACAACUGAUAUGCUUUUAACUCGUGUCCAAGAAUAUCUCUUGGAGUUAAGUCGAACUCCACCAAUAUUUGAUCGUAAAUGUGGUUCACCGACAACUCAAGGAACGUCACCUGUUCCAAAUGACCAAAGGCGUGUACAGUUGGAUAAACUAUUGCAGGAAUUCCUAGCUAUCAAAGCAGUCGGUUUGCAACUUAUUGAUAAGCUGCCUAAAGGACUAUUACAUGAAGAUAUUAUGGUCAAUGCACAAAUAACGGACGAAGUAAUUCGUGUAAUACGUCUAAAAUUGUAUACAUUGUGGUUAAAAGUACGCGAAUAUGAAUAUGCUUUGUUAGGUCGAAACUCACUAGAUAAUACAACUGCUAGUGAACUUGCUCCUGAUUGGCGUUCACCAAGGCUGUUAUCUCGUUCAUCAAAUUCAACAAUGCGUCGAGUAGGAUCUCUAUUUGAUGGUGAUUUUAGUCCAGUGACGAUGGCUUCACCGCAGGUCUCCAUGAAUGAAAGAAAAAACAGACCUAGUAAUCCUUUAGGCAAUAAUUUAAUCAACCAUAAUGGUUCAGAAGAAUCAGAUGAUAGAGGACAGUGCGAUUCGAUUGGUCGACAAUAUUCUACUUUUCAUCUGAAACAAAGUAAUGCACGUGCAUCAGAGAAUGAGGGUGUUCGAAUCCGAAAUACCAGUUUGCACUCAACAGAAAAACCUUUGAAGGCGGAAACCUCUCCGUUUAAUCCUUUUGUACCAAGUACUGAGACAGGAAAAACAAAAAAUAACGAAGGAAUAAAACAUCAUGAAAAACUGAAUGGUUCUGACACAUAUUCAAAUCAUGCUCGGGAUGAUCCAUUUAAUUCGUUCAAACGUCGACUAGUGGAUUUGACGAAAAGUAAUCAGACACGUGAUCCUGGUCAUACAGUUACAGAUGCAGAGUUAGCAAUCACUGAACACGACAAGACUAAACUUGAAGCUAAUCAAGCUUUUGACGAAUUCAAGGGCCAGUUAAAUUUAACAUCUAAAGAUUACCAAUCUAAUGCCGAAAUAUCGACUCACACUAUGCUAACAGAGGCGAAAAACCUACUUGACAACUGGACCGCUGAAUGGGUUUUACAACGGGAAAAUCUCAACUAUCGACUUGCAUUUUUAAAUCGUUUAGAAGAUUUACAUACAGAUUUAGGAGAAUGUAUUUCCCGUUUGGAUCAGCUGAUAAAAGCUACUUGUCUAUCCGUGAAUGCAGCCUCAGAAUCAUACACAACGAGUCAACAGAAAUCAAAUUUAUUUAAUAAACUUGGCGCAACAGUUUUAUCGGAAUCUGAAAUUUAUCAAAUGAAUACUAUUAAUGAUGAGGUGAAAGGAAUGCUGCAAACUAUUCCGGCACAAGAAGAAUUUAUUCACUCAUUGAUACUUGAAGUUGAAAGCUGUGAAAAAUUCCGCUUCCCUGAUCAUGUAUCACAAAUUAAGUCUAUCUGGAAGAAAUACACAGAGAACUUGAACAUUUUCAAGUAUUUUAUACAGAAUUUAAUAAAGGCUUAUAAUAUCAUUCCUGAACUGGACAACUUUAGAUCGAACUACUUGAGUUGUGUAUCUGAUCCCAACAAGCAAAGAUCACCUAUGUCUUCUGGUCAGAUUGAUGGACAUAAUUUGGAACAAGCAAUUAUUACUAUAAUCAAACCUGAUUGUUUAUCUCCUCAUGCUGAACAGAUGAGUCGAAUAUCUCCGAUACAACCUCAAGUUUCAUGGUUGAUACAAUAUUUAAGUGUUCAGCUAAGUUUAAUCAAAGAAUCACAAGAAGAAUUAGAUAUGUUAAUGUUAAAUAUGCGCAUGACAAGUUCAUCUCCUGUCGAUCUUUCAGAAUUAGUUAGAAAAUCUGGCAAUAAUCCCACUAGUAAUAAUAUUAACAAUAACAAUAAUAAUAGUGUGAAUCAAAGAUAUCUCAAUCAUAAACGGAAUAUGUAUGAACCAACUAACUCACAAUUUACCUCAGUACUACCCUCAUCUUCAGAUAUUAGUUCAUCUGUGCUUGGUGUUAGUCGGCGAUUAACACCACCAUUAGCAAACUUAUCACAUCUUUCAUUUCCAGGUAGUAUAAAUUCAGAGAAAUAUGUAUCUAGAAAUAGUGACAACAAUAAGAAUAUUUUAAAUGAAAGUAGCUCUGCACCUCCUGUGUUGUAUUCAUCAUGGAGAAUUAUUAAACCCUUGAAUAAUAUCCAAUGUAAACUUGGUGAAAUGAUUCAAUUUCAGUGUUAUUUUAAUGGUCCAUCGUGUGAAAGUGAAUUCAGUAUUUCAUGGUUUUAUAGGCCAUUUCAAUUUAUCAAAGGACAAUUAACAUAUGGAACAAAAGAAUGCAUUAAUUUGACAAAUGGUAGCAAUAAUAAUAUGAUCGAAAGCAUUCACAUAGAUUUUGUUGAAUUGAUGAUAAAAAAUGUUGCAACACAUAAUGCUGGGUUAUAUACAGUACGUAUAAAGAAUGAACAAACUGGUAAAGCAAUGAAAAGUAAUGCUUCCUUAACUAUAACUCCAAGUAUCGCGGAUAGUAAAUCUGAUGUAGAAGCAGAAAUUAUGGAUUCAUCUUCGGGUCGUCUUAAACCUAUUUCAAUUACAGUCAAUUAUGAUGGAUUAUGUUUAAUUCCUUCUGUAAAAUGGCUGUAUAAUGGUUCACCUUUAAAUCAAACUAUUUGGCAUACUGAUACAGACAUGAAUAGAAGUAUACUGUUUGCUUCUAAUGCACAUAUUUCUGAUGAAGGGGUUUAUGAAUGUGAAGUAACGGAUCUUGUAACUUAUACGAAGCUUAGAACAAAAAGAUAUUUACGAAUAAAAUCUUCCAUCCCAGUUAACAAACAAUCUCUUGUAUUAGGUAGUAAUAAUAAGACAGUGGGUAUGGUAUUCGUCGGUGAUUCAAUAGCUAUCCGAUGUCCAAUACCGUCUGCAAUUAAAUCUGGAUCAAAUAUAACAGUUGAUUGGUUACAUAAUCAUCAGGUGAUUUAUUCAUUGAAAACACUUGUCACAAAGCAAAAUGUGAAUAAAGUUAUCUCUAGUAAACUGGCCACCUUCGAAGGAAAUCAAUUUCAACGUAAUGAAACAAUAUGGAGAACAUAUUUAAUGGAUAAUCAUUGUGUUCUAAUUACAGAUCAUGUUCAGAAUACUGAUGAAGGUGUUUACAAAUGUCGAAUAAAAUCCAAUUCAGGUAUCUAUGAAUCCACAGGAUCACUAACUUUGGCCAAAUCUGUAAAAUUCUCAAAAACUCUACCUGAUUUAUUGAAUGUUUCUGAAGGAGAUCAUAUUAAACUGGUAUGUUGCCUUGAAAUUGUACUAGCGGGUGAGAACAAACCCAUCGAUUUUACCAAUGAUAACGGUAAGUUCAUCGAUCGAAACACACCAUCACCGUCAUCAUUGUCAUCGUCAUCUCCGUUACCACUAAGGAUAUCAAACCAGUGGGAUCAGUUAUCAUUACAAGUUAACUGGUAUUUAAAUAACCAUCCGUUGGACAUUGAACGGAUUCAGAAGUUGAAAAUAAAAAGUGAUUUUGACAAUGGUUUAGCCACUUUAUCCAUCGAAAAUAUAUCUUCUGAACAUGAGGGUGAUUAUUGUUGUGAAGUGAAAAGUUCACAAGAUACCAUUCGAACGUGUGGAAGACUCGUAUUGAAGAAAUCUGCACCUUCGUUACCAGUAAUUAGUGUGCCUAGGAUCGUUGGAGGAAUAACAAAGUCUCCAAGCGAGAUCUCAGUUGGUCAGUCUUUCACAUUAACUGCUGAUUAUAUCUCGGACUCUAUUCCUGAAGUCAAAUGGUUCAAAAAUGAUGGAGAGCUCAACAUUAAUAGCUCUCAUUUUAAGAUACAGACUGAAAAGAAUAAAUGUAUUUUAAUCAUUUCCAACGCUUGUACAGACGAUACAGGCUUUUAUACAGUGAAAUUGACCAAUUCAGCUGGUACAAACCAGGAGAAAACAUUCAUUGAGGUCAAGAGUAGAGAGGUUUUGGAGGAAACAGGAUGUAAUAAAGAAAUUAGUUCAACCCCUAGUGGUUAUCUACCUGACAAAUCUGUAGUACCUGAACAAUUAUGCGUCACUCAGUCAUCUGAAAAAAUUUCAAAAUCAAAAACCAUAAUUUAUGGUCCGUUAGAUGUGAGAGUGAAUAAUGGUGAUACUUUGCGACUAUUUUGUAUUUUACGCCAAACACAAGAACCAUACUUUGUUCAUUGGACGCAUAAUGGACAAGUGUUGAAAAAUUCGUCAUUAUCCAACCAGACAUUUGGUGUACAAACCUGGGCAAAUUAUCCUAAAAAUGGAUUUUAUAUGUUAGAGUUAAAAUCUGUUAAUUUACAAGAUAAGGGAUUUUAUGGAGUCAUAGUAUCCAGAGUAUUGAAUAUAUCCGGGAAAAUAGUUAAUGAAACACAAGAAGAGGCUGUUUGUUGGGUCGAAGUUGAUGGCAAUAGAUCUAUAGAGAAGAAGGCAGCUCCAUCAGUCAUGAAUGAUGGCUUUCCUUCAAUGAUUGAAGUUACAGAAGGUCAGAUGAUUCAUCUAGAAUGUAAAGUGGUUGGGAAUCCCUUACCUUCAUAUUUUUGGCUUAAAGAUGGUGAUAUGAUAACGACAUCCAAUGAUUUAAACUUUCAGAUGUCUGAAUCUGAUGGAAAGCACAGAUUGACUCUUUUGGAGGUGACCAAAAAGCAUUCUGGUACAUGGGAUUUAGUAUCUUAUAAUUCACAAGGUUUGCUAGUUAAGUCAUGUCAAUUAUUUGUUACUGGACAACAGUCGAAUGGUCAUUCAAAUGAAGCUAUUAAAACAAAAACCAGUGGAACUAUUAUUAAUUUAAAAGCUUCCACCAAAAAGUUACAAUCAAAUAAUUCAAAGGUUUUCAAUCAAGAAAAUUCUAUUGAUCAGAUAAACAAAUCUCCUGAAGGUCAGGUAAACUCCUUUGAGAAUAAAUCAAACCAAUUUACUUUGGGAAUUGAUUCGAAAUUGGAACCACCUGAGUUCACUUCUAUGUUCACAGAUAAAGUGGCAAACGCAGGUGAAACAGUAUGCUUAAGGUGCUGUGUUAUAGGAAACCCUAAACCUGUGGUUCAAUGGAAAUUUAACGGGAAGAUUAUGAAUUUACCUAGUGAAAGAAUUCGUAUGAUCCAUGUUAAAGAUGAGUAUUCGCUGAUUAUAUAUGAUACAUGUUCUGAUGACAUUGGACGGUAUGAAAUUACAGCUGAAAAUGUCAUUGGUAGAGCAACUUGUUCAGCUCUCCUUUUGAUAAACUCUACACCAAGACCUCGACAUAUCAGUCCAUCCAGUGAACCAGAAUAUACUACAUCUUAUGCAGAAAAAUUCGGUUAUGAUCGAUACAACAUACAUGCAUCACGAGAACGUUGUCAUUCAGGGACACAAACUCCCGAAAAGAAAAGAUCAUCUCUUAUUCGUUCAAUUAGUGCCCCAUUGUCUCCGUUAGAACCUGAUAGACAUGGCCACAACGGUCAAGUAUUUUUAACAUGUCGUAUGUGUUGUGCACCAAUUGUUCGAGGAUACGAGGAUAGUCAAGUGAAACAUCCAAGUCAUAAGUCGGAGGUUUUACAAGCUAACUACACUGGAACAUAUUCACGAGGGAAACCGUGGACAAUAAGACGCCAUAAGUGUUCAAGUGGUGUAUCACGCAGAAUGGUUGGAUCUGGUACACAGACAAGAUUGUCACGACAUCGAAGUGAAGGUUCAUUACUGCAUCAAUGUCCUUAUUGUGAAACUUUAAUGCUCCCGGUCAACCCACCUAAUUUAAGAAAAACAAAACCUUGCAAAAUUGAACGGAUUUUAAGUUUGCCUAACGAAUAUCAGCAAUCAGUGGAACAACAACCACAACUGCAGGAGGAAGCUAUUUAUUAUUACCAGCCAAAUUACAAGCAGAUAGUUGUCUCACAUAAAACAACACGUACAAAGCAUACUAACAUAACAAAGACAACUGACUCACACCUGCCUUCAUCUCCCAUGCCAUGUGAAGUAAAGUCGUCAACAUCUUCUGAUAUACCUCAUAAAUCCACCAGCCGACCUCGUGAAAUACCCAUUCGAAUUCAACGGGCAGAUGGUGGUGACAUUCAGAAUAAAUCAAGGUACGACUCAGUAAAAUCUAGAACUAAGCGUACAGUGAAAAGUAAUCUCCAUUCAGAGGGAACAGUUAGUGUGGUCGAAAGUUCAGACAACGAUUCAACAGCCUUUUGAAAAAACAGUAAGAAAAAGCACUUUUUAUACAUAGACGAAACUAUUAAUUUAAACAAGUAAUAAAAACCAUAAUUCGGUUUUUUAUUUGUUGUACAAUAUUAGUGUGAAUUAUUUUUCUUAAUACUUGCAAUGAAUCUGUACAUUAAUUACUGCUUUCUUACUUCCAAGUAGCAAUAAUUCCACUUCUUAGAAAUAAAACUUUUCUCCAAACGUUUGUGCUUUCAGUUUCACCCCUUUUUUAACCUGAAUACUAUCCACUAUAAAAUAUAAUCUGUAGUGUUGUUUUUUCCUGAAAAGACAAUGCAUAUUUUUUCUAAAUGGUUAUAUUUUUUCAAUAAAAGCAGUUGAAUAAAAACAAACUACUUUUGAGAAAAAAGUAGCAAAAGUAAAUCAACGGAAUUUUGUAAUUUGCUCACCUCAGUUGUUAUACAUAACCUCGUUUAUUCCCGUCGUUGUUCACCAUAUUUGACUGAGAUAAACAUGAGAUGCACGAAGACUAGCCUACUUCUUAUGAUCACAUUUUAAUGGUAUGAUUUUGAUGAGGUCAGAAAAAAAGUUAGACAUAAAAUUUUAUCAAAUUUCGAAAAUUAUUUCUUCUGUACAUAUUGUUUUGUAUUACGCUUUACAGCAUAGUUUUGCUUCAUUAAAUAGUCAAUUAAUAUUGAAUAAUCUUAUAACCAAGCUUUUUUUGGAAGAUUUUUGUCGGGAGAUUAAAAUCAAAUAGCAUGUUGCUGCUUAUGAUU